CGUUCCAUCAAGAGCCAUGUCCGGCCCAUCAUCCUCAAGAGAGAGCAUUCGGCCAUCACUCAAGGACCUCUCCCAAUCAGACGAUAUCGAUUGGCCAUCGGCUGCUUCUUCAUCCCGCAAUGUCCCGCCGCCGUCCCUCCUCAAGAAGGCCAAGGGCGCAGCUGAUCGCCAAAACGGUGGGCCAAAGAAGACGGUCAAGAUAGCUCAGCCUUCUCAGGACGAUGUACGCUACUUUGAGCCUACUCCCAAGGAAAGAUCCGCUCCCACUGCUCAGCCGGGGACUAAUCAAGCGUCGAGAUUCAUGCAGCGGAGAUUCUUGUCGAGGCCGCCAGACGGGGAGGAUGAUGAGGAGGACGGCGACGGCUUGCCUGCUGGGCGAUUCGAGCUGGAUUUUGAUGCUGAAGAAGCUGGAUUAUCUACCUCACUGCGAGGUGCAGCUCCGCCACAACCAAUGCGCCCAGUCAUGGGCGGCGUGCAAGAGCGAACAAGGCAGGCAAGACCGCAGCCGACGACGCCAGAGAACGUCACUGGCUCCUCAGCUGGUAGUUCGCGCUUCAAGGCGGUCAGAGAGGCAGAGAGGCAGGCAGCAAGUGUGAAUGUGGGCCAAAGAACAUCGAGACCGCUCAACCCUCCAAAGCUCAAGGCACCCUCGGUACAGCCUCCGCAGGACGAAGGCUCAUCUUUUGGGCUGGCUGCCACAACCGGCCUGCCGAGGUCUAGCGAGCUCGCCGCGAUUGAGAAGCCUAGUGCCGACCCUGAGGUCACUUCUCUGAGCGGUCGCAAUGUGGAUGAGGAGUGGCUGGAUGAGGAUGGCACAGUAAUGAGUGCGUUCCGCAAGGCCAGGCUCAAGAGGGAAGGAAGACAGCCGCCUGGGGGAAUCAUCAAGAAGAGCUCAACAGCAGCUCGACCACCAGCGAGGACCCUUGAGGCCCGCGAUGAUGGAGUAGGCAAUGGCGACAUUGCUGCUGAGGGCGCCGCAGCGUCAGACAUCGAUCCGCUCAUGCGCUCGAUCUCGACGGAGAACGAGGCAAAGAUUAAAGGCAUGAAGACUGAGGAUAUCGAGCAGGAUCUCAAGGAUCUGGAGGCGAUGUUUGGCAAAGACGUCUUGGAGGGGCUGAAGAAUCGCAAAGCUGAGAAUGGAGUCACGAAGGCGCCCGAGAGGCAAGAGGAGAAGGCAUCCGACCCUCAAUCCACACCACCACAGCCUCUUCUUUCUUCACCAGGCCCAGCAGUAAUGAAGCCCUCUUCCUCACGGCCGCGCUUCCUCUUCGACGCACAAGGCAAAGCGAUAUCCGCUUCUGGCUUAGGGCAUCAGUCUGCCUCAAACGACCACGGCAAUCUCCAUGAGACGAGUGGAAAUCAGGAAGGCUACUCGACUACAUCAGUCUUGCUGCUGGCGCGCAGCACAAUAGCAGCGCAAAGAAGUGUAGCUCUUGGCAUCAUCAGUAACAUUGCUGCGAGAUACGGAGCGCAGCUAGCUUCAAAGAGCAAAGCAGGCAACCCCUCAUCUUUACCCACCGGCCAAGCACCCACCCCACGGUUCGUCGCCACAGAAUUGGUCCGCCUUGAGUUUCACCUCGACGCAGCCCUGGCCGCCAUCCUGGCCUUGCAUGAUCGACAGCUCAGUGUGCGUCACGCCGCACUCAGCUGCCUGCGUGUCGCGCUUUCGUUUGGCGCUCUCGAGACGGAGGUCAAGUCCUCAAUGCCGCAAGAUGAAGACGUAGAGCCAGAGCAAGAUCAGCCGCGCAGUAUCUGCGCGCAAAUACUUGACGCUGGCCUCCUCUCCGGGCUGCACAACGUGCUCAACGGCGACACUGUUGAGCGUAACUCAAGCAGGGAGCUCAUCGUCGCCGUACUCAUACAAUUAGUUGACUACGACGACUACAUUGGAGAUGCUCUUGUCGAGCCUCAAUCCUCGCAGCUCCUCGAAUCCCUCCUAGCCUCAACUCUCAAGCUGCCCUGGCCGUCCUCCCGCUCUCAACCUGUUUCACGCGCAAUCAACCUCUUGCGCAGCCUGGUCUGCUCAUCGCGAAUGAACGCCCAAGCCCUCGUGCAGCGCGAGAGCAUCGACUGUGUAUUGCGGUACGUGGCCAUACCACCUUGGCAGCUAGAGCAAGAAACCAGGGAGGGAGCCAUGGGUUUUGAGCUCUUCACCGCCUGCUUGGAUCUAUUCACGGAUCUGGGAAAGUAUGGCAUGUACGCCAGUCUGGUGUCGCGAUGCUGGGAUUUGCUCGAGCCUGUGCAGCCUUGGGCUUUGCAGCGAUUGCGGGGCAAAGAGGCGCUGAAGCUUAAUGAGGCGAGACUGCUGCAGAGCUACUACGACCUCUUGACGACAUGGACCGUCUGUGCUACAGACCCGCACCAGACUACUCCUGAGCAUGAGGUUACGUGGACCCAGUUGGAGGGAUGGAUUGAAGGAAGUCUAGACGUCAUGCAGGCUGCCGUAGGUAACCCCAUCGCCGAAGAACGCCUGAUGGUGCUCGCUGCUGCGUCGAGACAUUGCAAGGUUUGGCUGGACGGCGCCGACGUCAAUGCGCCUGCGCUCAAGGGCAAGUUCAGUGAGCAGGUCCAAGGCGUGGUGAGCGAAGUGUGUGGUAAGACCAUCUUCCAGAGCAAGCUGCAGGGUCUGCUUGAUGUGCCCUCCGCGAUGGAACACCAAGCCAAUGGCGACGGACUGGGGGAUGACGAAGAAGAGGGUCUGAGCGCUUCUGAGAAGCUCGUUCUGGGCAGCCAGCUUGGCAACAUGCUCCUUUCGCUCUCUCCCGCUCAGAGCCAGCAGAUGGUUGCAGAGGCCUCGACAGAACUGCUCCAAGACCUCGAGGGCGCCCUCAGUCUCUCGUCGACACCAAGCGAGAGGCUCGCGAUUCUCUCUUUGGCCAUUGAAGUGGCUCUCAGCAGCCAAGGCUCGACUGCUGACCUAUUCGCCAUUCUACAUCUCCUCAGAGCUGGCGAAGAGACACUUGCCCUAAGAACGAUCCGUGCAUUACAGAUCCGAGCGGCAGCAGCUAUCUCUCCAUCAACCCCGACGGCGUUCAGCUCACUCACGCCAUUCUUCCUCGAAUGCCUCGACAUCCGUCCGAAUGUCAAGACCGAGGCUCAGCGACCCCUGUUCCGUCCACCCAUAGAGAGCAGGCCUGCGGACUUGAAGCGCACAAUGACGCUGCGAACCUCCCUACCGUCCAGCUCAAGUGGCCGCAGUCACCUGCAGCGUCUCAUUGCAGCGACCUCUCAAGCCGACAACACCGAUCCUACCACCUCCUCUCUCCUUUGGACCUGCCCUGCCUCACAGGGCCUCUCCCCUUCCCUGCGACCAGACUGGCCGCUCCUCCCUCUCGACGACCUGCUGCGAUCAGCAGAGGCCGCAGUGUUCAAUCGGGCCAACAAUUUGCCCGACGAAGGAUGGGACCCGAAUGAGCGAGAGGUGGUGAGGGAAACCCUCCUGUUUGCCGAGUGGUGCGUGGAGCAACUACUGGAGACAGAUGCGGUGGGUGGAUUGUGUUCGUCGCACCUCUGGUUUGCGUGCCAGAAGGUCUUUAUGCUUGAGUCUGGCUUACAAGGCGACUUAAGCAAGUGGACGGGCGCGGUGACGGGGAAAGACCUUUUCCGUGACAAAGAGGUUGAGCCUCUCCUUGGGAAGGUUAUGAAGCUGGCUGCAACGCUAGCGGCCCGUGAAGCUACCGAGAAAAGGAUGCGGUGUCCGACCCUAGAAGACCUCGCUGCUUGCCAUUUAGCAAGCACCGACCCCUCGGCCCCACCCGCGACAUACUACUCCUUCUACACCGACCUCGUUGCCCUAUAUGACGCCAUCUCGUACGGGCACCCGCUAUUCGCUGCUGCGUUGAUGCCGCCAUUGGCCAUGAAGCAGUACCCUGCGCCCGACUAUAGGCGGCUGAUCUGGAGGGACCAUGAGCAUCUGCUUGCGACGCUCAAGGUCAGAAUUGACGACGUAGGCGGUGUAGGUGCGUUGAGAGCCUACCUUGCCGGUGAGGAGGAGAAGGAGGGGGAAGAGGCAGACGACCUUCUACGGGCAUACGCUGGGGCUCUGCUCAAUCGCUUGGACGUCUCUCGAGGCGAUGAGGAGCUCAUGCCGCGUGUGGCGCUUCAUCGCGUAUCACGCUUCUUAUGUUCGGAGGGCACACAGGACGAGCGACGUCAGCGACGUCGUGCCGCGCUUGGCCGAACAAUGGCAACAAAUGCUUCGCCUGCGCUGAAAGAAGCGUUGCUGCGGUAUGACUGGAAUAAGGAGGCCGCGGUCGUAGCCGCAGCCGAGACGCUGGCGAAUUCUCAGGGCAAGUAUCCGCCUGCUGCUGUGCGCGCGGACGAGUUCGAGCGCAGGACAGCCUGGCUGUCAUCACUGUCAUCAAGCUGAGCGUUUCAUCAGUCAAACAGUCAAUCGAGGGAAUGACAAAUGCUUGAGCUUGGUAUUGUCCAGGAUACAAUAGAGAAGAAUGGAUGAGUGCCAUAGCAGAGAAAGCGAGCCAAAGCGGGAGCCAUCGGCUGUAGUGCAGAGAGAGCAGACCAGAUAGAAUCAGGAACGUGACUAAUGAGCGUAUAUGUGAUACAUGGCGCGACUUGCUGUCCUUGGGUGAAAGUAAUGAUGCAUGUGCUUG